UGUCCAGAGAAAAGAUGGCGACGAAGUCCAACCAAAUCGAAAUUUGUCGGUUUUUUUGUCAUUUCCUACCUUAUUCACCCGUCUUCUACUCUGAAUCAACGAUAUAUUGUUGCCGUCCUAACAAUCUCAAGCUGUAAAUCUGCAAACACUGACGCAAAACAUCGGUCAUUCGACAUAUAUCGACACUGAAAUGAAAUGUACACCAUGCAAUGCAUAAUUCACACAUUUACUGAUUUAGCUACACUGCAGAUAGAGAUAGGACUUUAGGCCUACUAGGCCUAGAUGAGAUUGUACCCAAAACCGGUCACGGAUCAUCCAAAACAAACUGUCCACACCAGCGACAGCGUCCACCGGAAUUUUUCGAAUGGUCCUUUAUUGAACGAAUUGCAACAAUGAGUGCAAAGAAAAAGAAAUCUGGCAAGGGAGUUUCAUCAGAACGUGGUCAAACCGAAACUCCAAAUAUCUCCAACAGAUUUACUGAUGCACCGGUUCCCCAGAGCCGGACACCAAAGCAGGCUGGCAACUUGACGGGAUUGGCUCGGAAGGUGAAAGACAGCUGUGCUGACCUUCAUAAUUAUACCAACAAGUGGGACUCAAUCAGCAACAAAGGACAAGAAAUCAUCAGUCUGAUUGCAAACAUCAAGCUCAAGAAUAUAUUGAAAGAUGAAGGCGAGAGGACAGAGCUGGAGCUAGACACACACUUACAUGUAGAAGAGUUACAAACACUGUGCGAAAAACUAGAGAAAGUUUUUCAAACUUUGGAGAAGAUAAUUGGGAAGCUUGAAGGUAUCAGCCGCACUCUGAAGGGGGUGUGUGACUUGGAAUGGCAUCAGAAUGGACAGGCUGUACCUCAACAUCCUCUCUUUCUCACCUGGCAAACCAAACAGUUCUAUGACACUGCCACAAACCUGACUAAGAUGUACAAGAAGGAAUUAGAUCUUCGUCGUACAAUCAUUGAGAACAUUGCUCACACUGAUGAUAGAGACUUAAUGAUGUUCUACACCAGUGCCUGGCUGCAUCAACCUUAUAUUGACUCUGACACUCAACUCUUAUUAGAAAGCUGUCUUGUGGAGACAGGGCAUAGAUAACACUGCCCACUAUUCACUCUGAUUUGAGUGUCCCGGCAGUCAUUAAGUGUAUGAUGCUGUGUGUAUGCCAACACCUUUUCUAAAAGAGGCUGAGCAAUAUCUAAUGGGUCAGAUUGCAACUCGGGUGAUAUAAGAUCUGCAUGGACUAUGAUUGUGUGUCGCAGUUCAUCUAGUCCAAGAGAGUCUGCCCUAAAAGAGAUGUGCCAGAUUGUGUCCUUGUAAUUUAUCCUGCUGGCACUUGCCUUGACGAAAAGAUUGGUUUCAUUAGGAGUAACUAACUUCGGACAUUGUGUAUACUUGUAAAUUUGUUCAAAUAAACUUACCUUGGUAAUCUUC